ACAAUUUGAAUCAAAUUUAAUUCACUCACGAGCUUGUGUAGAGUAAAGUGAAUCCUGUAUUGCCCAAGUGUCAAGCGAUACUAAGCUUGACAUACCAAUAAAGUUCAAUAUGCCAUAUUCCCCCAGAUCGAUUGAAAGGUUACGUCAGUCACACAACUGAAUCAAUCGUAGCACGAUUUAAACCCGACAACAUGGACGGAUGGAGGCACUGCAUUCGUAGAGAAAACCGAAAAAUAUAGAGCAAUGGCUGACAUUAAGAUAGACAUACGGGACUCACUUUCUCAUAAUGAGUGGUUCGAGAAGUGCAUAAGGAGCUAUCGGAUUCAAGAUAAGUCUAGAAGCAACCGACCCAAGAUACAGAAUGUGCCGCAGAUGCUUAGACUGAUCGAGUCAAACAAGAAGUGCUAUGAUCCGUUGGUGGUUUCCAUCGGUCCUUACCACCAUGGGAAAGCUGAGCUCAGCGUGGUAGAGGAGUAUAAGUUUUUAUUGACAGAGAAGUAUCUCUCCAGGACUGGAUCAAAUUUUGAGGAUGUGUGCAACCAAGUAGCCGAGGUGGCUAAAGAGGCAAGAGAAUGCUAUAAGGGGGACUUGAAACGAGAGAUUAAAAAGGAUGAGAAACAAGAGAUUAGCGACGAGGAAUUCACUCGAAUGAUGUGUCUUGAUGCUUGCUUCAUUCUGCAGUUCAUGUAUUGCACGGUGAAGCAGAAGCGUGGGGAAUUGGGAAUGAAAAGAGACAUCAUGGCAUUCGUGCACCGGGAUCUGUUAUUGCUUGAGAACCAACUCCCUUAUCUAGUCCUCAAGAAGUUGAUCUUGACGUUUAAGUUUAAUGACGGUACUGAUGACAGCGAGAGCAUUAUCCACAAAUUCAUCGAAAUGACUCAGGCCACAUCUCCCCAUCGAGUCGUAUCGUUCAGGGAAAGACUUUGUAAGUAUAUUUCUUCUAAAAUUUGUACCGGAUCAGUUGCCCAGGAUGUGUCAGUGAACAGAGAGAUUGGAGAACCUGUUCAUCUUCUUCAAAUCUUUCGCGAAAAACUCAUCGACACAAAUGCAAUAGAAGACGGAAAAUCUAGUUCAAUACGGGAAUUGUUCGCCUCAUGUUUUGGAAAAUUCAAGAAUUGUUUGACAUACUUUUGUCCAAAAGUCCUAAUACAAAAUGGUCAGGAUGACGAAAAACCUGCAUCAAUCAGUGGCUGGUACUCCUAUCGUUCAGCCAGCGAGCUUAAAUCAGUGGGAAUACAUUUCAAGCCUGGUAAGACUCGAAACUUUAAAGAUGUGAGUUUUAAAUCAACCUUCCUGGGUGGACAACUCACACUUCCUCAAAUAACUGUAGACGACUCCACUAAGUCCCUACUGUUGAACAUGGUAGCAUAUGAAACAUGCCCUGAUGCCCCUGAUGACUUUGGAGUCACUUCUUAUGUUUGUCUCAUGGAUACACUCAUUGACACGGCUGAAGACGUGAAGGUGCUGCGAUCCAACGGCGUGCUUCUUAAUGUUCUGGGUAGUGACCAACAGGUUGCCGACCUCUUCAAUGGAAUAGCCAAUGAUUUGGUGCCCAAUCCCGAUACUUAUUCUCAAGUUAAAGCUCUCAUGGAAACACAUUAUAAGAAUAGAGUCAACAUUUGGAUUGCUGAUUGGCUGCAUACGCAUUUUAGUAGCCCUUGGGCCAUUCUGGCAUUCGUUGCUGCAGUUUUUGCCAUUACCCUCAGUUGCCUGCAGACUUACUAUGCAGCCAAUCCACCGAAUGGUUCGUGUUGAUCAGAGAGCUGCAGACUUGGGGUGGCCGGUUGGGUCACCUUUUUUUAUGUAAACUACCGUGGCCAUUGUCCCUGCCCUGUACGUGAGUUGUUUUGUGUGUUUUGUUUUCUCCCUUUUUUGAGCAUGAAGGUGAAAGUAUUUGUCAUGUAACAUAUAUAUUUGUAGAUUGUUUGCACAUUGUUUUGGUAUGUGGACACAAAUAACAAUAUCUGGUUUUGGCAUCA